CUCGACUUGGAACUUUUAUCAAAGUUGGAAAAACAAAAAUCCCACUUUCCUGUACACACCAUUCAAACCACCGUUCCCUAUCUUCUCAUCAACAUCUUCUCAAGGAAAGGGUCCGCAAGAGAAAAUAGUAUAUGAUAUGUCCAAGAUUUCUUCAACGUGCACCAGGCAGCUCAGCUCGCUCGCCACCAAAAUCAACAGACCAAUCCCCCAACGAGCAUUACAUACCUCUUCCCACAAACCUUCUGCGACCUCUUCAUCCUUCAAGGGAGCCAGUAAUGGGAGGUUAAACGUUUUGACUUCUCAGUUUGGACAGAAAAGGGCGUUGCAUUCGUCUUCACCUCGGUGGCAUGGUGACCUCGUUCGUCCCGAACCUGGAACAGGGAUCAAGCUCAUAUUUCGGGACUCUCACGGCAACGACGUUAAGACUGUGGAGGGUAACGAAGGUGAUGACAUAUUAAGCUUGGCUCAUGAACACGACAUCGACCUCGAAGGCGCUUGUGAAGGCUCAGUAGCUUGCUCUACAUGCCACGUUAUCAUUGACCCCAAACAUUUUGAUAUGCUACCUGAAGCGGACGAUGAGGAGAAUGACAUGCUGGAUCUUGCUUUCGGUUUGGAGGACACAUCAAGGCUUGGAUGUCAAGUGAAGCUUACAAAGGAGUUGGACGGGAUGGUUGCGACUUUACCGUCGGCCACACGGAAUAUGUAUGUGGAUGGUGCCAAGGCUCGUACCCAUUAAGUGGUUGUAUAAGAUUCUCAUUGUCUACUAUGCAUUCGGCUGGAUGUUUCCUCACUUUCGAAUUUUCCAAGUAUUCCUUUGUUCUUAGUCCCUUCAGCACCUUUAACGCCUUCACUAGCUCGCGCUCCAUCUCAGUCCUCAGUCACAAUUUGUUGCCUUGCUCAAUAUCAUCCCAUUACACUUCAGGUUAAGGUUGGUUUUCUUCUGAUAUUGCUUCGAACUUCCUCCGAGUAUUUUUCUCUGAAAAAGCCCAUUGUGAGGGUCGUCCUUAAUGCAAAAACGGGGUUCAUUCACAGAUAUCACAAGCAGACUUCAGGCCUGCUGCAAAUCGGACAGGCCAAACAGGCCACACCCACUUUGCUUGCCCCUCCUUGAGAUCCUGGCAUUGAACUAUAGUCAAUUUGCCCCCAUUUUUCAUUCAGCCAUGGGAAGUAGACUCCUCCUUUGUGGAUUUAUAUUCCUCCUCUUUGAAUUCACUUUCAUAAUUCCUCUUAUCCCAUCUAAAUCGUGGAUUUGGUAACGAGGAGAU